GGUUUGUAUGUCACUCUUGCUACGCUGAAGUAUAGAGCGACGUUCAAUUUAACCUGAAAGCAUAUAUGGCGGGUACAUCCUUACGCUGGAAUAUCUAGUGGUUUUUGUGUGUGUAAGAGAAACAGAGGAGAAAGGGAAUAAGAGAUUGAAAACAUAGACAGGUGUACAUUCCCUGUGAUAAGUUGUGGUGCACCAAACGUACUAGCGAGUCCUCUGCAGGCACAAUGUCGCGACGAACAGAAUCCCUUCGCCUCCUGGUUCUUGCUCUCGCGGUCGUGUCGUGCCGCUCGGAUUACAAGGCUGACAGCAUCCUGUGCGACGAUAUAGAGGCUAUAUGUAUUUACGACGACUUGCCUUACGUGACCAACGACACCGUCUGCGGAGACAAGCACCAGUUCCUGAAUCCUGCGAGGUGCAACUGCGGGUCGAUGUGCAUAAAGUACCUUGAGGAGGGCGAGGAGUGUUUCAUGAAGUCCCUGAUCUCCUUCCCCCACAACCUGUGCGGGCCCAGCCUGGAGUGCAUCCCCAUAGACGGUGAAAAGGGUCAAUGCAUGCGAAAUCCUGCCAGAAAGUGUCUUAAUGAGACGCUGCAGUAUGAAGCAGCCCAGGAAGAAGGAACACUUGGACCAGGAGAAUAUAAACCAAACUGUGAUGAGUUUGGGCGUUAUGCAGGCAGACAGUGUAGCCCUGGAAGCACAUGUUACUGUGUGAAUACUGAAGGUGAUAGAUUGUUUGGGGAAGCUCCAGUUACAGAAAAAGACACCAUGGACUGUGCAUGUGCCUCAUACUGGCAAGACACUGAAAGCAGAGGCCUGAACAUGGGGCUUCGCUGUCUCCCUAAUGGAAACUUUGAUACACUACAAUGUGUUGAUAAAAUGUGUUACUGUUUCGACCCCGAAACUGGGACCAUUUCAUUUGGACCUUUUCCGGAUUAUAUGAUGGUAGACUUGGUAUGCUAUGAUGAGGCAAUACAUGGCAGCAUAUACAAACGUCCUUGUGAGUUGGCCUUGGAUGAGUGGGAGGGUCAUGAAAGCAGUGACGUGAUCACCAUCCAAGAAAGUGCUAGGCCAGCGUGUACUCACGAUGGCUACUAUGCUGCAGUUCAGUACAAAGAUGGUUAUGCAUAUUGUUCAGAUUUUCAUGGAAGGCCAAUUGAAGAUUUUAAACAAGAAAUUUAUCUGUCAGAUGGUCUCAGCUGCAACUGUGCAAGACGUCGUUACAUAAUGGAAGAAAACGGCUUGGGGUCAAACAAGCCUAAGUGCUGUCCUAAUGGUGAAUACAAACCCCUACAAACUAGAGGUCUACUAGCAUACUGUGUUGAUACUAAUGGAAACCAGUGUGGCCCUGCAGUUGUGACGACAGACAUCACAUCGUUACCCUGCUAUUCAGAAGAUCCAUGUUCAGUAGUCAUGGAAUGUUAAACAUGUUUUAGUAGCACCAGCUUAUUGGAAGUGACUAAAUGCGUUGUGAUUCUGCUGUUUUUGUUGUGAAAAGUUCAGGCUCAAUAGAAGUACUUUACAGUUUGACAGGAGAAACAUUUCAAACUAGGAAAGACUUUUGCUUUUUUAGAUCUUAUUUCCAAGAUACUGUAUAUAUCAGGCCUUUUUUAUGAAUAUUCAAAAUCACUUGAGGGAUAGAAGAGCUUAUAAAACAACAACAAAAAACAUCUUUUAAGCAAAACAAUUUUACAUGCUUUACAGAUGCCAUUGUCUCAGCAGCAUCUAAUUUUCCUUUCCUUUCCUAUCCAAAAUUAGAUGCACUAUCAAAGUGCUCAUGAACAAACUAGGAGACAUUUAUUUAUGCCUGAAUUACAGUUUAUCAUAUAUCUUUGCUAUUUGACAUGUACUACAAUUAACAAAGUAUGAUAUAAUUGAUUUACUAUCUAUUAUCUAGUUAUAAGGCAGAAACACUUCCUUGUUUAGUAAUUUCAGUUUCGAAUACUAAAAAGUACACCCAGAAAGUACACCAUGGAAGCUAAUGGUAUUCAAGUUGGACCUAUAAAUACUAAACUGAUUUUUAAUUCAUCCUUUAAUACCACAUGCAUAUAUUAAAUAAUUAAAAACUACUCUUUAACAUCACUGAGACAACCAUCAUGCUUUGUUGCCGAGACCAUUCCAUGAUUUAAAUGUAAUACUGUUAAUCAUUCUGUAGAACAUGGCCAGCAGUUACAUUCCUUUUUAAUUCUUAGAUAAUUAGUUAAGGUAUAUGAUUGUAUUACAGAUUUUAAUAGCCAUUUAUGUAAUUCUUUAGCAUAUGUACAUUUAUAUUUCUGAGACACUGUUAUGUGACUCUGAUUUCUAUAUCCUUAUGAUCUAAAUUGUUCCUUUUACUACCAACUGACUUUUCAUUAUU